AUGUCUUCCCCAGUCAUAGAAACGGUCAUCGGCACCGGCAAGACCGGGCUCAAGGUGGCAACCGACCUAGUCCCGAGUUCUAUUCCCAGGCCUGUGGCUAGCACCGGCGUCGUGGUGGUUGGGGGCCUGGUUCUGCUGUCCUUAUUAAAGAGCAUCGUUUCCACGGCUGUCACACUGGUGGUUGUUGGAGGACUUGCAUAUGCAGCCUUCAUGUAUGCAAAGAAGAGCGAUGACUCCGGGAGCGGUGGAGAUGGGGCUUCAGACGACGACUCGUUAGCAGAAGCGAAACGUAUCAUGGAUAAGUACAAGUAA